CUAUAUAACUCUGUGCUGUUGAUGAGGUGUGGUGCUAUUUGUCCUUUCUGUUGACAGCAUGCAAGACGACAGUUUAGAAUCUUCUACUUCAAUAUCUCAACUUCUGAGAGAGAGUUAUUUAGCUGACACUAAACAUCAAGGGAACAGUGAAAGAAGUAGAUCAGAACCAUCUCCACACACUUUCCAUUAUGGCAAUACUUCUGGGAAUUCAGAUGAGGUAACUGGCCAAGAUGACCUUCCAGAUCUCUCUGCUUUUCUGAGCCAAGAAGAGUUAGAUGAAAGUGUAAAUCUGGCAAGACAAGCAAUUGAUCAGAAUCCACCUGAAAGUAAGCAGGAUGAACAACUGGCAUAUUAUCCCUCUGAUCAGCUGAAAAACUCUGUGAGAAAAGUUUCAAAUAAACAAGUGGCCCAGUCUACAGCUUUGCCAACUUCAGACAAUGCUCUUCACUCAAACUUCUGUCAUGAUCAUGUCAGUGGUUCCAAGAGGAGCUCUCAGGAUCUAAAGAAACAACAGCUUCCUUCUGAAGCCGAAUCAAAGAAAGAAUUCCUAAAUAAGGCAGCAGAUUUUAUUGAAGAGCUUUCCUCACUUUUCAAAGCACAUAAUUCAGAAAGAAUAAGACCUAGAACAUGCAAAAACUACAGGAGCAAACUUGAUUCUAAAAACAGGGAUGCUCAAAAAGGUAGUUCUAGUUUCCCAACUCUAUCAGAAAACAGAGAGAGACUUUCUAUUCCAACACCUGAAGACUCUGAUAACAACUCAGAACAUGCACUUGAAAAAACAGGUGAUCAACAAGAGGCAAACUCUGCAGCUAUGAAUCAACUGGCAAGCACAGAGUCAGCACCUACAUCUUUCUAUUCUGAUGAGCCUAUUGGACAACCACCACGCUUUACUCAGAAACUGAAGAGCAGGGAAGUUCCUGAAGGAACCAAAGUGCAAUUGGACUGCAUUGUGGUAGGAAUUCCAGCACCUGAAGUCAGGUGGUACUGUGAAGGAAAGGAGCUUGAAAACUCACCAGACAUUCAGAUUAUUCAGUCAGGGGAUCAGCACUCAUUGGUUAUUGUUGACGCUUUUGAAGAAGACACAGGACGUUAUUCCUGCUUUGCUUCAAACAUCUAUGGGACAGACUCAACUUCUGCAGAGAUUUACAUAGAAGGUGCCUCUUCAUCUGAAUCUGAAGGUGAAAUUAGCAAAGAGGAAAUGGAUCAGGUCCAGAAACCAGCUGAUGUGUCUUCGAAUGUGCCAUCUCCUGUUACGAAUGCUACCACUACCCAUCAAGAGCCACCUAAAGUGCCAUCUCCAGUGGUUUGGCCUGUGUCAAUACCUGUUCAGCAGGUUCAAAGCCCCACUAACUAUUUGCAAGGAUUGGAUGGAAGACCCAUAAUAGCUGCUCCUGUGUUCACAAAGAUGCUGCAAGACAUUUCAGCUUCUGAGGGUCAACUGGUUGUUUUUGAAUGCCGUGUAAAAGGAGCUCCUUCUCCAAAGGUUGAAUGGUACAGAGAAGGGACGCUGAUAGAAGAUUCUCCUGAUUUUAGAAUCUUACAGAAAAAACCUCGCUCUAUGGCCGAACCAGAGGAGAUUUGUACUUUGGUAAUUGCUGAGGUGUUUUCAGAAGAUUCUGGGAGUUUCACAUGUACUGCAAGCAAUAAAUAUGGCACAGUCUCUAGCAUUGCUCAUCUAACAGUUAAAGGGCCUGAAGACAACAGUAAUACUGCUACCCUUCAUACAAUGAGCUCAAUCAAUUUAAUUGCAACUGAACAACAACCUUCCCUACACAACCCUUCACUCCCUGUGGUGGACCAGCCCCCAAAGCCUAAACUGGAAGGGGUUCUUGUCAACCACAAUGAACCCAGGUCAAGUUCCAAGAUAGGCCUCCGGGUACACUUUAAACUUCCUGAAGAUGAUAAAGGAAGUGAAACAUCAUCUGAGGAUGGAGUUGGGUCUACAAACCAAAUCAGACCUGGCUACUUCCAAGACAGGACUAAUGGUCAGGCAGUGAAGAUACCAGAACCCACCUCACCUUCCAAAGAGCCUCCUCCAGUAUUGGCCAAACCUAAACUAGAUGCCACCCAGUUACAACAGCUCCAUAACCAGGUCUUGCUGGAACAGCAGCAGUUACAUCAUUCAUCUUUUACAUCUCCAAGGGAGUUGCCAUUCAACACAGGAACAUUGAACUCUGCUGCUUCAGUCAACCAGAAGCCUUCAUCAACAUUGUACAAGCAGGCCAAAGUUUCUCCUUCACAGACGUUCAGUUAUACCCGACCUAAACAGUUCCUUGCAUCCCAGAACACCACACCACCUAUCAACUCCCCUGCCAGCUCCCCAGUGCCUGCAUUCAGCAAUGUGUCUCAAGGAAUCCAAAGAGCAAAUGACAAAGAGAAUCUCGUGGGACCUCCUCAGCCAGUCCAAUCAAGGUCUCCAGGAGGGUUUACAAAUAAAACUGAAUCAUCUCCAGUAAGCCCCAAAGAAUCAGUGUCGCCUGCAUUAUUGCUCUCUAUAUCCAACAUGAACCAAUUUCAGCCCCCUAGUGUAAUUCCAAAUCCUCUCUCUCCAACCAGCCAUAUUCAGAACCCCGUUGCCUUUCUCAGCUCAGUCCUGCCUUCUCUUCCAUCGACACCACCAACCAAUGCUAUGGGUCUGCCUAGGAGCGCACCAGCUGUAUCGACUCAGGGACUAUCCAAGAAAAAUCUAAAACCUCUGCAGUUAGCAACAGAUGAUUAUAUCAGAGACAAUAAAGCAACACUUGUUAAAGAUCUGGAGAGAACGCUGCAUUUCAAAGAGGACUUUAAUCAACAUAGUAUUCAGCAGAGAACAUCAUAUGAUGAAAAACUGGCCCGCAGUCUUCAGGGACCAAGCAGUGAUUCCCCAAUCUUCACCUAUACAGCUGAGGAUGUAUCUAAGGAGUACAAGAUUUCAAACUUUGAGCAGAGACUGAUGAAUGAAAUAGAGUUUCGUCUUGAACGCACCCCAGUGGAUGAAUCAGAUGAUGAAAUCCAACAUGAUGAAAUCCCUACAGGCAAGUGCAUAGCACCAAUCUUUGACAAGAGGCUCAAGCAUUUCCGGGUCAUGGAAGGAUCUCCUGUUACAUUCACCUGCAAAAUUGUUGGAAUACCAGUGCCCAAGGUAUAUUGGUUCAAGGAUGGAAAGCAGAUUUCAAAGAAGAAUAACCAUUUCAAGAUGAAGAGAGAAGGAGAUGGAACAUGUUCUUUACAUAUUGAAGAUACUACAAAUGAUGACGAUGGAAACUAUACAAUUAUGGCUGCCAAUCCACAGGGGAGAAUCAGUUGCUCUGGCCACUUGAUGGUUCAAACUAUUCCUGUACGUGGACGAUUAUCAACAACUAUUCAGUCUCACAGGACUAGGUCCCGAGUGCCAGAAGGAGAUAAAGAACCGAUGCAAGAACGCUUUUUCCGGCCCUAUUUUCUACAAGCACCUGGAGACAUGGUAGCUCAUGAAGGGCGACUUUGUAGACUGGACUGUAAGGUGAGUGGGUUACCAACUCCAGACCUGAUGUGGCUCCUGAAUGGCAAACCUGUGUUACCAGAUGGCACCCACAAGAUGCUGGUCAGAGAAAAUGGAAUUCACUCUUUGCUUAUUGAUCCCCUUACACAAAAGGACGCAGGAACUUACACGUGCAUUGCAACCAACAGAACAGGACAAAACUCAUUUAGCUUGGACCUUACUGUUGUAGCAAAGGAAGUCAAAAAAGCCCCAGUAUUCUUGGAGAAGCUUCAGAAUUGUGGGGUCCCUGAAGGGCACCCAGUCAGAUUAGAAGGCAGAGUGAUUGGAAUGCCACCACCAGUGUUUUACUGGAAGAAGGAUAAUGAAACCAUCCCAGCACACAGAGAAAGGAUGAGCAUGCAUCAAGAUACAACAGGAUAUGUUUGCCUUUUGAUUCAGCCUGCCAGAAAAGCAGAUGCUGGUUGGUAUACUUUGUCCGCUAAAAAUGAAGCUGGUAUUAUGUCAUGCACUGCUAGACUUGACAUAUAUGCACAAUGGCACCAACAGAUCCCACAGCCAAUAAAGUAUCGACCAGGAGGCAACCGGUAUGCAAACCUCGCUGGACAAGGACUUGACGUUUUUUCUGCCUUCCCAGCUGUUGAAAGCUCAAUGCUGUUUUCAUCCCCAUCCCAGAAUGUGGUGGAAAGUGAAGAACUUUAAAAAUCUAUGGUUCCAAUUAUGCCUGCAGAAAUACGAGAACUGUGAAAAAACAUAUAGGAUGGUACAAGCCAACAUCUCCAGGGUUUACAAGCAACUUGUUUUUAGUGAGUGUACUGCUGCUGGAACUGCUGCAAGUAACAUACUGUAGAAGAUGUUUGCAUAAUAUUUUACUACAGGAUGACUGUGGUAUGGUGUGUAGUGCAGUAAGUUUGGUACUAUGCCUUUUUCUAAGAAUUAUAAAGCACAGGGACAGUUUUCAGCACUUAAAAGCCUAUACCACAUUUUACUGCUUCAGUUAAAGUUACUGUACCUCUAACAAGCAAUGAUAAGGAUUUAUGGUAUUUAACUGGAUAUAGCCAAUGAAAGCAAUGGCAUGAUGAUAGUUCUGAAAAAGGUGAACAACAUGACUUUGAAUGUAAAGUGUGUCUGAUAGUCACAAAGCACAAGUAAAAGGAAAGAAGAAAAGCUGUAACAUCAUUUUUAUGUACUAGUAUACCAAAUGAUACUGAUUUGGUGAUCAAGAUUAGAUAAGUAUAGCAUUUCAUGUAGAUAAAGCUACCUACAAUGCAUAUUUAUAUUUGUGUGUACAUGUACUCUGUGACUUGUGUACUUACGAUAUAUUGAACUAUUCAGUAAGAUACCGGGUAUGUGCUUAGGACACUAACAUAUGAAACUCAGCAUCCUGAACUGCAUUAAGCACAUUCUGUAGACAUCACAGAUGAAAACUACUGUAUAUUUCCACACACAUUUCAUAUUUGUUCCUUUUCCAUUCUAGCGAUUUCCUGCUUUUAAAACACACACUGUGAAGAUCUUAUAACUUUACCAUUUUUAAUACAAUAGGGUUUUUUUCCAUCUAAGUUUUUGACAUACCCAGAAGAAAAAACAAAAAAAACCCACACCUUCCACACAGCUCAUUUGCAGACCUGAUGAAAAAGGAAUUGUGGCCUGGUAUAAUUAAAAGGUCUUUCAGGUUCAUUUUAGAAACCUUAGUGUCAGGUAAGGUUAAAAUAGGAAACGUCUCCUCAGUAACAUGCAAACAAGAUGCUAUUUAAGAAAGGGAGUGAUUGUAUAAAACGCUGGAGUAUUGUACCCUGAAAAAUAGUAGGCAAAAAGUGCAAUGAGUUAGAGACUCUUUCUUACAGCCUCAUAGUGAACUUAUUAGCUGAACAGUUUCAAGAUAUUUCUGAUAUAUAUUUCAUUAACACCUCCACUCAAGCUUUAGAGCUUUUGAAUGUAUAUGAUGGUUUCCCGCAUGUUUAAAUCCUUGCUGAGCUCUCUUUCUUGGACCUUGUUUUGAAACAGUCCUGUUCUGCUUUACAGAUGGUCAGAGAUUACCACAAAGUCCUAACUAGAUUUAUACAGGAAUAAAAUAUUACACUCACAGAUAAUGUAAUUUUAGAUUUGAUUUCAAGU